AUGGCGGCGCCAAAGAAGAAGAUCGCCGUCAUGACCUCCGGUGGAGACUCCCCGGGCAUGAACGCUGCCGUCCGAGCCGUCGUUCGAAUGGCCAUUCAUAUGGGCUGCGACGCUUUCUGUGUAUAUGAAGGCUACGAGGGCCUUGUGCAGGGUGGUGAUCUUAUACGCAAGAUGGAGUGGCAUGACGUUCGUGGGUGGCUGUCCGAGGGUGGUACCCUCAUCGGCACGGCUCGAUGCAUGGCCUUCUACGAGCGACCUGGCCGACUCCUCGGAGCCAAGAACAUGAUCCUGAAUGGCAUUGACGCCUUGAUCAUCUGCGGUGGAGACGGAUCGCUAACUGGUGCCGACAAGUUCCGUGCCGAAUGGCCUUCGUUGGUUGAGGAGUUGGUGGCUACCGGCCAGUUGACAGCCGAGCAGGUCAAGCCGUACAGGCACCUCAACAUUGUCGGUCUCGUCGGCUCCAUUGAUAAUGAUAUGUCUGGCACGGACGCCACAAUCGGCGCGUACUCAGCCCUGUCCCGCAUAUCAGAAAUGGUCGACUACAUCGAAGCUACUGCUUCCUCUCAUUCCCGCGCAUUCGUCAUCGAAGUCAUGGGAAGACAUUGUGGUUGGCUGGCCCUCAUGGCUGGUGUCGCUACUGGCGCCGACUUCAUAUUCAUCCCUGAAAAGCCUCGGGAGGACAAUUGGAAGGAGGAGAUGUGUGCAAUCGUACAAAAGCACCGAAAACUAGGCAAGAGAAAGACGAUUGUCAUUAUUGCAGAAGGAGCACACGAUAGGCACGGCAACAAGAUCAGCCCCGGAAUGGUCAAAGAACUCCUGGCGGAUCCAAAAGGGCUUGCUCUCGAUACCCGCAUUACCACCCUCGGCCAUGUACAACGCGGCGGUACUGCCGUUGCUUACGACCGAAUGCUGGCAACGCUUCAGGGCGUUGAAGCUGUCAAUGCUGUUCUUGAGGCGACUCCAGAGACCGAAACUUGCUUCAUCGCUAUUACUGAGAACAAGAUUGUCCGAAAGCCUCUUAUGCAAGCCGUCAUGGAUACCAAGUCGGUUGCUGCCGCUAUUGACGAGCACGACUUUGACAAAGCCAUGUCUCUCCGCGAUACCGAGUUUUCAGACCAGUACAAGUCUUAUAUGCUGACCACUACUGUGCAAUUGGACCAAGACAUGGUCCUACCACAAAAAUCUCGCAUGAAGAUUGGCUUUAUUAAUGUCGGUGCUCCGGCUGGUGGUAUGAACGCUGCCGUAAGAGCUGCUGUUGCAUACUGCAUGUCCCGUGGGCAUGAAGCAGUCGCCAUUCACAACGGAUUUGCAGGCUUUACGCGACACCAUGAUGACCAGCCCAUGGGCUCAGUUCGACCAUUCGACUGGCUAGAGGUUGAUGGGUGGGCAAGCAAGGGCGGUUCCGAGAUUGGCACGAACCGAGAGCUCCCGAGCGAGUCCGGAAUGUCGACUAUUGCCGACCUGGUUGAAUCAUAUGAGUUCGAUGCUCUAUUCCUUGUGGGUGGAUUUGAGGCUUUCCACGCCAUCUCUCAGCUUCGCAAGGCGAGAGCGGAAUUCCCAUCACUUUGCAUCCCCAUCGCUCUUCUUCCUGCUACAAUCUCCAACAACGUGCCCGGAACCGAGUACUCCGUCGGCUCAGACACCUGUUUAAACGAGCUCGUGAACUAUUGCGACAAGAUCAAGCAGUCAGCUUCCGCCACUCGCCGACGAGUAUUCGUCAUUGAGACCCAAGGUGGGCGUUCAGGUUAUGUCGCAACCUUAGGAGGUCUGGGCGUCGGUGCCAGUGCCGUGUACACUCCUGAAGAGGGUAUCAGCCUCGACAUGCUUGCUGCGGAUGUCAGGCACCUGAAAGAUGUUUUCGCACAUGACAAGGGCCAGUCCCGCGCUGGCCGUCUCAUUCUCAUCAACGAGAAAGCCAGCAAAGUUUACAAUGCGAAGUUGAUUGCGGAUAUUAUCCGUGAGGAGGCACAUGACCGCUUUGAAUCGCGUGACAGUAUUCCUGGACACGUGCAACAAGGUGGAGUACCGUCUCCCAUGGACCGGUGUCGAGCUGUCCGUCUGGCCAUCAAAUGCAUUCAACAUUUGGAGGGCUUCGGCAAGAAUGCACACAAUCGCGUUAAGAAGGAUCCGAUGAGUGCGGCAGUCAUUGGCAUCAAGGGGGCGAGCGUAGUGUUUACACCAAUGCAGGAGCUGGAGGAGAAGGAGACAGACUGGCCAAACCGACGACCGAUUCACAAUUUCUGGAGCGAGAUGAAGGAUACCGUUGAUAUCCUUGGAGGUAGGCCCCACUAUCCCAAACCCCAAAAGAACCUCAUCGGUCUCGCUGCAAAGGAUGCCAAGCGUGGAAUCGGUCCGGAGGAUUAG